CCUCCUUCUUAAUAACUCUCUCUCUGUCUCUCUACAUUUCUUUCUUCUUUCACUCUCACGAAAAACUUUCUAGUUUUGGAAAGAAAUUAGGCAUGGACAAAAAUGGCCGCAAAAAUGCUAAAACCAGUACUUCUUCCUCUGAAGAAGAGGUGAGCAGUAUUGAAUGGGAUUUCAUAAAAAUGUCCGAACAAGAAGAGGACCUCAUUUACAGAAUGUAUAAGCUGGUUGGCGAGAGGUGGGGCUUGAUAGCUGGGCGGAUUCCUGGACGGAAAGCAGAAGAGAUUGAGAGGUUUUGGAUUAUGAGACACGGAGAAGUUUUCGCCAAUAAAAGAAAAGAGCUCAAGAAAUCUAACUCUUAAUUUAAUUUCUUUUAUAUUAAUUAAUUAAAAUAUGCUUAAAUUAAUUCCUUCUUUUUUUACUUAAUUCCUUUUAGUUUCUUGUUUUUUCAAUUGCAGUUAGGGAUGAAUUUGGUUUUGUUUGUUUAGAGAAGAAAAUGGUACAGUAGUAAUAGUAGUAG